UCAUGCCAGUGAUGAAGGGGCUGCUGGCACCCCAGAACACCUUCCUGGACACCAUUGCCACUCGUUUUGAUGGCACUCACAGCAACUUCCUCCUUGGGAAUGCUCAGGGUCACCGUGGCUAUCCCAUUGUGUACUGUUCCGAUGGAUUCUGUGAGUUGACGGGGUUCGGACGAACAGAGGUGAUGCAGAAGAACUGCAGCUGUCAUUUCCUAUAUGGCUCGGGCACUAGUGAGCAGGUUACUCAGGGUGUGGAGAAAGCACUGGAGAGCAAAGAAGAGUACCAGGCUGAGGUGCAGUUCUACAAGAAGAAUGGAAGUUCAUUCUGGUGUCUGUUGGACAUUGUGCCCAUUAAGAAUGAGAAAGGGGAGAUGGUGCUUUUUCUCUUUUCAUUCAAGGACAUCUCAGAAAAAAAAGACAAGAGCCAUCACAGCAGCAGAACUGAUGAUAAUAAGCCAUACAAAAGGACCACUGGGAACUCUCAUUUCAGUAAAGCCAGAAGGAGGGGUCACACCAUGAUUUACCAGCUAACCAGCCAGUUUACCCGCGACAGCAAAAAUGAUGUCAACUUAAGCCGGGACAUGUUUGAAAAACCAUCCCUGCCUGAGUACAAAGUGGCAGCAGUCCAGAAGUCUCGAUUCAUCCUGCUGCAUUACAGUGUGUCCAAGGCAUUGUGGGAUUGGAUGAUUCUACUGGCUACAUUCUAUGUUGCUGUGACUGUGCCGUACAAUGUGUGUUUCACAGCGUACAGCGAUGUGGAGACUGCAGGCAGGAGCACGAUAGUUAGCGAUAUCGCAGUUGAAAUGCUUUUUAUUCUGGACAUCAUCCUUAACUUUCGCACCACUUACGUGAGUCAGUCAGGGCAGGUGGUGUACGAGCCUCGCUCCAUCUGUCUACAUUAUGCUACCACGUGGUUCUUCGUGGAUCUGGUGGCCGCGCUGCCCUUUGACCUGCUCUAUGCAUUUAACAUUACUGUCACAUCUCUAGUGCACCUGCUGAAAACUGUGCGAUUGUUGCGUCUGUUAAGACUGCUGCAGAAGUUGGACAGAUACUCGCAGUACAGCGCCAUGGUACUAACGCUGCUCAUGUCGAUGUUUGCUCUGCUGGCUCACUGGAUGGCCUGCAUCUGGUACAUCAUUGGGCGCAAAGAGAUGGAGACCAAUGCCAAUGGAGCCUGGGACAUUGGCUGGCUACAUGAGUUGGGCAGGCGUUUGGACAAGCCCUAUUUGAACAGUACAGUUGGUGGUCCUUCGGUUCGCAGUGCCUACAUCGCCUCUCUGUACUUCACCUUAAGCAGUUUGACCAGUGUGGGUUUCGGCAACGUUUGUGCCAACACUGAUGCUGAGAAGAUUUUCUCUGUUUGUACUAUGCUCAUUGGGGCUCUCAUGCACGCUGUGGUGUUUGGGAAUGUAACUGCCAUCAUCCAGCGCAUGUACUCACGUCGCUCACUAUAUCACACGCGUAUGAAAGAUCUGAAGGACUUCAUUCGUGUUCACCGGCUGCCACAGCAGCUGAAACAACGCAUGCUGGAAUAUUUCCAGACCACCUGGUCUGUGAAUAAUGGCAUUGAUGUCAAUGAGCUUUUACAUGAUUUUCCUGAUGAGUUGCGUGCCGAUAUAGCCAUGCACUUAAACAAAGACAUCCUGCAACUGCCUGUGUUUGAUGGUGCUAGUAGGGGUUGCCUGCGCUCUCUAUCCCUCCAUAUCAAAACCACUUUCUGUACGCCGGGGGAAUAUCUCAUCAGACAGGGGGACGCGUUGCAGGCCAACUACUUUGUCUGUUCUGGGUCACUGGAGGUUCUAAAGGACAACAUGGUCUUGGCUAUUCUGGGAAAAGGAGAUCUGAUUGGCUCAGACCUGCCAGGCCAGAAUCAUGUGAUCAAGACGAAUGCAGAUGUGAAGGCACUGACAUAUUGUGACCUGCAGUACAUCAGUAUGAAAGGUUUAAGUGAUGUUCUUGAACUAUAUCCCGAGUAUGCCAGCAUCUUCACUAUUGACAUCCACCAAAACCUCACAUACAAUCUGAGAGAGGGCAGUGAGACUGAGCAGAACUACCCAGACUCCAGUGCAUCAACUCAGAAUAAGCGUCCAUCCAUUGUAGAAAAGGCUGAUGAUCCAGACAAGUACUUCCACGUCCCACCUGUUUCCAAUGCAUGCCGAAACCUUCUUCUGCCCAAUCUAGGCAGCCCAGUACGACGUACAUCACUAGGGAAUCUUUUAGGAGAGGAGUUACUGCAAUUUAACACCCUACGACAUUGUCGUUCACCUGUAAGGGGUUGGAGCCCAAACCCCUCCCCCAAACAUCAGACCAAAGUACAGAAACAAACCCUCCCACCCACAUCUACACCCAAACCCACGCAUAGGACACAGACAGAUUCUGGAGGUACAGGACGCAAACCCGCCAAACUGCUCAUCCCCACUCUCAACUGCUUUGGACCACCAGAUCUUAGUCCAAGAGUUGUAGAUGGAAUUGAGGACAACGGACAUGUGUUUUGUUUUAAUGUGGAGGACACCACUGCCAAAACUAGUACAGUGACAUCACUGGAUAGUAAGACACUGAACGGGUCUGAUCAGGUGAAUGCAUCACUGCUUCUGGAGACAAAAGAAGUGAGAGAGACCAUUGUUCAACUUAACAAGAAGAUGGGCAACCUGAAACAGGAAGUGUCAACGCUGACUAAGGAUCUGCAUCACAUAAUGCACCUCCUGAAAGCACAAAUAGCAGUUCAUCAUUACACAGAACCUUUGUCCUCCUGUCCCCAUGGAGUCCACAUGAUGUCCAGUUCUUCUGUCAGUAUGUCUCCGGCCUACAUCUUGGGUUCCAGCAUCCACAUGCACCACAAAGACCAUGUUGUCCCUGAGGGUCUCCUGGGGUCCACAUCUUGGAGUCACGGCAGACCUGGUGGUAUGGCUGCAAACUCCCUGUAGCUUUUGUUUUUUCAUUGAUGAAACGAUCUGUUUUUCUGUAUACAAGUUGGCAUCAUUUGAUUAAAAUUUUUCUCUGGU